GAGCCGUAUCGGUGUCGUUUUGUGUGGCGAGCAAACGGGAUUGACUCGACUCGAUCUCUCCGUCUCCUCACUCCCGCACCCCCACAAAGUAACAUUUUCGUUGAGGGUCACGCCAUAAGCGACCAGGGCAGAGUUUUGCAUGCAUUUUGGGUUGGUUAAAUAACCCGCAUUUAAGUACCUGUUACAAUGGAUGCUGUCAUCAAAAUGCUGUUCACCACGGAGGAACAUGAGUCACAUGUUUUGGACUGCAUGGCUUACUUGAUGUUUCUCAUGGCAGCCUGCGUAUUCCUGAUCGAAAACAUGCCUUAUGGUCGAUAUGCCUCGAGUAGAUACGGCUUUUCAGUCAACGUUAAACUUGCCUGGUUUAUUCAGGAGCUCCCUGCAUUCUUGGUACCUCUGUGUUUGGUGGUGUGGACGUCCUGUGCCAAAACCUCACAGCUGCCCAAUCAGCUGCUGAUGGCAAUGUAUUUCUGCCACUAUUCUCAGAGGUCACUCGUCUAUCCAUUUUUAAUUCGAGGAAGUAAGCCAACACCGUUUGCCUCCUUCUUCUCUGCUUUUCUUUUCUGCACCUAUAAUGGUUACAUGCAGAUCAGGUACCUGAGCCAUUAUGCAGAGUAUCCUGCAGAUUGGAUUACACGUCCCUGUUUUAUCAUAGGAUUUGGGCUGUGGUUGGUGGGCUGGUUGGUGAAUAUCCACUCCGACCAUAUCCUGCGAAACCUGAGAAAGCCUGGCGAGACUGACUAUAAAAUACCCGUAGGAGGUGUGUUUGAAUAUGUGUCUGGAGCCAACUUCUUGGGGGAGAUAACGGAGUGGGCAGGCUUUGCUCUGGCUGGCUGGUCUGUUCACAGUGCGUCUUUUUCCGUCUUCAGCCUGGCGGCUCUGUCCCUCAGGGCUCUGUCCCACCACAAGUGGUACCUCGCUAAGUUCGAAGACUAUCCUCGACGCAGGAAGGCCGUGAUACCUUUUGUGUUGUAAAGACGUGAUUACGACACACCGGAACCUCAGAGAGGUCAAGGAGGUGAAAUUCAACUCAUUUUUACAAGGACUUCAAAACAACAAAAGAACACAGGUUGAUUUUUUUCCCCCUCUCAUCCAUCAAAGCUGUGAUGUGCAAACAGAACUUGAACGAACCCUGUUUCUUCAUCCAGUCUAGAGGCCUCCAGGUGCAGCCUCCUUCGUUUAUCAGAGCCGUAGGCAAGCAACAGUUGGAUGCUAUCAUGAUUUUUUUUUUUGUUCCCCUACUGUGGCUACGGCUACACUACUUCCUGCCCCAGCAGAGGCCACGUGACGUUUCAGUCCACACGCAGGAUGCAUCCAUUUUCAGGAAUGCUGCCCUUAAUCUUCCGCGGAACAGAUUAUACAUACAUCCGUUUUCAUUGAGGAUACGACAGCGAGUGCCUCGUACCUCACCGGCAUCACACUGGAUUUCUGUGGCACUGGAUCGGCUGUUAACAACUCCGCACGUUUUAUAGAUCCGCUGCACAUUCUCCCCAAUGCACUCCAAAGCGCACUCUGGCUGGGGUCCCUUGCCGUUUUAUUCCCACAUCUGUUUGGUCCAGCUGUCUCAUGGGUGCAUAUAUUAUAUCCACUCCCCGUGUGUGGGACAGUCUCCAACAAGGCACGGAUCCUGACACGUCACGUCUAUUGGACACUUAUAAAUGGGGGACGGCUGAUGGGGGGUUUUUUUUUUUUAAACCUCUUUGAGAAUUUCAUCUGGAGGGGGAAUAAAUGA